GGAGUAAGACGUAAAAUGGGUAAGAAAGAGAAGAAGAAAGAGACGGAAAGUGUUAAAAUUAGUAAAAAGAAAGAAGUGAAAACAGAACAAAAGAGUAACAAUGGUUUGCAUGUCGCAUCUUUGAUAUCAUUCUUACUACUAAUUGGCCUGUCUGUACUAGCAUAUAGAGUUUAUGAUGACUUGACCCAUAUACCUGAUCUGCCGAAACUGGACCUCAACAAAAACUGGGGUCUUAAUACUUCGGAACCUAGAGAUACAUCUAUAAGGCCGUAUAGAGUUAUUUUUUCUGAUUCAAUGGAUUCUGAACUACGAUGGCUUUUCGAAGUAUACCGGCGGACCUUAAAGAAAAAGAGUUUUGAAGACACGGCAUGGACUUACGGUGUGCACACUGAUGCGUUUGGCAAGAUAUUCUCCCACUGGGUCUUUAAAUAUAGCUUUAGGGAUAGAGAGAGGUAUUUCAAUAAGUUCGAACAAUUUAGGACCAAUGUGCAAGGAUUGGAUGUUCAUUAUGUUCAUGUGAAGCCCAAAGUGGAGAAGAAUGUUAUGGUUGUUCCUUUACUCCUUUUGCAUAGUUGGCCCGGGUCAGUCCUGGAGUUUUACGAAGCAAUACCCUUACUGACUAAAGUGAGACCCGGGUAUAACUUUGUUUUUGAAGUUAUUGUUCCGAGCUUGCCCGGAUUUGGAUUUUCUGAGGGCGCUGUCCGUCCAGGGCUCUCUCCUAAUCAAAUAGCAGUCAUCAUGAGGAACUUAAUGCAUCGACUCGAACAUAAGCACUAUUACGUCGCAGGCAACGGCAUUGGCCAUAACGUUGGCGCCGACUUGGCCACCAUCUUCCCUGAUGAAGUUCUUGGCUUCCAUUCGAGUUCCCCCGUUGUACCUACGAACAGAGCAUAUUUGACGUGGAUAUUGGGCGCUAUUUGGCCAACAUUUGUGGCUGGUGGUGAUGCUGAUAAAUUGUAUCCUUUGGCUGAUAAGAUCAUGUUUUAUUUGGAGGAGUCUGGUUAUUUGCAUCUGCAAGCUACUAAGCCAGAUACUAUUGGCAUCGCUCUCCAAGACUCCCCAGUGGGUCUUGCCAGCUACAUUUUAGAUAGGAUCAUGAUAAUGACUGAUCCAUCGAAUAAGUUUGACCCUGACGGUGGAUUAGACAAAUACUAUUCUUACGACAAACUUCUGGAUAACAUCAUGAUGUACUACAUCAGUGGAAGUAUUACAACCUCUUUGAGGUUCUUCAAAGAGAACUUUGAUGAUUAUGAAGUGGAAAAUGCUUUUGCUCGGAUGCCCACACCAGUUCCCACAUGGGGUCUUCGUGUUAAAAACUCUUUCUCCUAUAGCCCAGACUUCGUCCUUCGCUGGAAGUAUCCCAACCUCGUCGGUACCACCAGUUAUGACUUCGGAGGACAAUUCAUUGCUUUUGAACGACCUACGGAAUUCGUUAACGAUGUUUUUAAGGCAGUGAAAGCGUUUUUGGCAUUAAAGAAAUGAUUCUAUUA